AUGAAAAGUUCUUGGACUAAGAAAAAAUGCAUUCCAAAAAAAAUUCCAAAUUUCUUUUGUCUGUUUUGCUUAUUUCAUUCUUUCUUUUUAGUGCACUUAUUUAUUUAUUUCUUUUACUGUUUUUUCUCCUUUUUCUCUUUAUUCUUAUUAUUCAUUCUUCUUUUAUUUCUCUACUUCAUUCUUCUUUUUCUCUACUUCAUUUUUCCUUUUUUCUCUACUUCAUUCUUUUUCAUUCUUUUUCUUUUUUCAUUCUUUUUCUUUUCUCUACUUCAUUCUUUUUCAUUCUUUUCUCUUUUUUCUUUUCUUUUCUUUUCUUUUUCUUUUUCAUUCUUUUCUUUUUCUACAUUUCUUUUCUUUUCUCUACUUCAUUCUUUUUUUUUUUUCUUUUUUUUGUUUUUUCUUUUCAUUCUUUUUUUUUUUUUUUCUUUUUUUUCUUUUCUUUUUUUUCUCUACUUCAUUCUUUUCAUUCUUUUCUUUUUUCAUUCUUUUUCUUUUCUCUACUUCAUUCUUUUCAUUCUUUUUUUUUUUUUCAUUCUUUUUCUUUUCUCUACUUCAUUUUUUUUUUUUUUUUUAUUCUUUUCUUUUCUUUUUUCAUUCUUUUUCUUUUUCAUUCUUUUUCUUUUCAUUUUUUUUCUUUUUUUUUCUUUUCUUUUCUCUACUUCAUUCUUUUCUUUUCAUUCUUUUUUUUUUCUUUUUUUUUUUCUCUAUUCUUUUUCUUUUUUUCUUUUUUCUUUUUCUACUUCAUUCUUUUCUUUUUUCUCUUUUUUCUUCUUUUUCUUUUCUUUUCAUUUUCUUUUUUCUUUUUUUUUCAUUCUUUUCUUUUCUCUCUUCAUUCUUUUCUUUUUUUUUCUUUUUCUUUUUUCUUUUCUCUACUUCAUUCUUUUUCAUUCAUUUUUUCUUUUUUUUUCAUUUUUUCUUUUCUUCAUUCUUUUUUUUCAUUCUUUUCUUUUUUUUUUUCAUUCAUUUUCUUUUUCUCUACUUCAUUCUUUUCAUUCUUUUCUUUUUUUUCAUUCUUUUCUUUUCUCUUUCAUUCUUUUUUCAUUUUUUUUUUCAUUCAUUUUCUUUUUUUUCAUUCUUUUCAUUUUUUUCUUUUUUCAUUCUUUUCUUUUCAUUUUUUUCUUUUUUUCAUUUCUUUUCUUUUUUCUUUUCAUUCUUUUCUUUUUCUCAUUCUUUUCUUUUUUUUUUUCAUUCUUUUUCUUUUUCUCUACUUCAUUCUUUUUCAUUCUUUUUCUUUUUUUCAUUCUUUUUCUUUUUCUCUACUUCAUUCUUUUUCAUUCUUUUUCUUUUUUCAUUCUUUUUCUUUUUCUCUACUUCAUUCUUUUUCUUUUUCUCUACUUCAUUCUUUUUCUUUUUCAUUCUUUUUCUUUUUUCAUUCUUUUUCUUUUUCUCUACUUCAUUCUUUUUCUUUUUCUAUACUUCAUUCUUUUUCUUUUUCAUUAUUUUUCUUUUUUUCAUUCUUUUUCUUUUUCUCUACUUCAUUCUUUUUCUUUUUUCAUUCUUUUUCUUUUUCUCUACUUCAUUCUUUUUCUUUUUUUCAUUCUUUUUCUUUUUCUCUACUUCAUUCUUUUUCUUUUUCAUUCUUUUUCUUUUUCUUUCAUUCUUUUUUUCUUUUUUCUUUUUUCAUUCUUUUUUUUUUUACUUCAUUCUUUUUUCUUUUUUUCUUUUCUUUUUCAUUCUUUUCUUCUUUUUCUUUUCAUUCUUUUUCUUUUUUCAUUCUUUUUCUUUUUCUCUACUUCAUUCUUUUUCUUUUUCAUUCUUUUUCUUUUUUUCAUUCUUUUUCUUUUUCUCUACUUCAUUCUUUUUCUUUUUCAUUCUUUUUCUUUUUUUCAUUCUUUUUCUUUUUCUCUACUUCAUUCUUUUUCUUUUUCUCUACUUAAUUCUUUUUCUUUUUCAUUCUUUUUCCUUUUUCUCCACUUCAUUCUUCUUGUUCUUUCUUUUCUAUUUUUCUUUGUCCAUCUUUUUUCUUUUGCCUUUUUUCAUUUCUUCCUUUUGUUUUUCCCCCCUAUUUCUUCUUUUGAAUGCUUUCAUUCAUUCUUUUUUCUUUCUUUCCCUUAUUUUCUGACCAUCUUUUUUGUAAAAUCUUCUUGUUUUCCAGUUAUUGGUAAUUCCCUCCCCCUCCCAACCCUACUUACAAUUUAA